CCAAUUUAUUUGUGUUGCUGUUGCUGUGACGCCUCGGGUUGAAAUGAGCAAUCGACACAACAAUAAUUUAAUCUAGAACUGCGUGGGAAUUAGCUGGAUCACUGGCAAAUAUUUUGAUUCAAGGAGGUAUCAAGAAAAUGCUAGAAAGUGGAGAUACCCCUGAGUCACAGCAAAGAAAAGCAGUACGUUGCUGUGCCUACAAAGACUGCAAUGUCCAGAUAGCAUUCCCAAUGUGGGGAAAAUACUGUAAAUCACACCGUCAAAAAGUUUACAAGAAAAAUUAUCAAAAGAAAAAAUGCAAGCUUAAAGAAAAAUAUAAGGAAUCAAAGGAAUGUUUCUCUGGCUCUCCUGAUUUCUUUGAUGGACAAGAUAUAAAUGAAAUGCUUCAGCAAGUUCUUUUCAAAAAGAGGAUGGAAUUGAUGUGUUGUCCAUCUGUUGUGAGUUUCCUAAAAACACACCAGGAAGUUUUAAAAGCUAAGGCAAGAGAAAAUAUUGAACAGCCAAUAUUGCUCUCUGCUGAUAAGCUACCGUCCUUAAACAAAGAUUCCAAACAACUGCAUGGCUUCAGACUUAACCCAACAUCUGACAGCAAUGAAACUUGGACGCAUCAGAAAAUUAUUCCUGAACGCUUAGAUAGAGGCUUGUUGCCAAAUCUGCAAAACAAUGAAAUAGAGAACUCUUAUGAUUUUAAACCAGAGUUAGAAUCAUUUCCACCUGGAAUUUUGCUGACCAGCCAUCAGCCAGUUGUGAAGCCUGAAAUAUCACCAAGAAGACUGUACCAAGAAGCUGAUAAUCCUUUCUUAAGCAAUGCAAAGAUUUCAAAACCAGAUGUAAACAAAGACAGUAAUAAAUUGUUUAAUUUGAAAGCAUCACCCUCUGAUCCAGAAAGAAAGUCAGCAUUUCUUGAAACUGGAGCUGGGGAUGUAAAAUCUUUAAUUGCUGUUAGGACUGUCCAACAAAUGGAGAUGAAGAGCUAACAUUCAGGUGCAUUAUUUUGGUAUCUGUAUAAUUUCAAUCACAUUUAUCAGGACUUAAUUGUUUUCUGUUUAGGUGUGCUAAAAAAGGAUUAUUUCUUUCCCUUCAAUUGU